GCAUUCUAAUUUGCACAGACUGCUUGUGGGGCGUUGGAAACGGUGUCGCUGCGAUUCAGUUUGCGAAGUAAACACUUUUUACUCCCUGUUUUCGAGCAGUUUGAAAGCGAAAGAGAAUAUGCCUGAGCCUACGAGGACCGGUGGACAACAUUUGACCGAAAUGAAGGCGAGAAGAUACUCUGAGCCGGCUAUGGGGAGACGAAGUGUACGUCGCCCGGAAGAUAUACAACGCGAUGUUCGUGGCUUGAAGCUUCGCCAGCGAGUCUCUUUGGUCUUGAAAGACGAGUACCUUCGACAUGAGCUGGAAGAUACUGUUAGGAAACACGGCGAGGAAGGCGAAGAGCUUGCUUCAGUGCGAACCUAUCAAGAUUUUCUUGUCCCUACGAGCAAUUAUUACGGCGCUGCUUCGGGCUUAUCGGCUGUGCAUCCUAUCAAUGAUAUACGAGGGACAGACAUGCUGAAUUAUACAAAAAGCGAACGCAUUCUUCGCUGCAAAUUAGCUUCUGUUUACCGUCUUAUCGAUCAUUUUGGCUGGACAGAGAGCGUUUGGAAUCACAGCACGGUUCGGUGUUCUGGUGAACGCGGGCAGGGCGAGAGUUUUUUGAUCAAUCCUUUUGGAUUGCUCUAUCACGAGAUCACCGCUUCUGGCUUGGUGAAAAUCGACAGCGAAGGAGAGGUUUUGGACCCCGGCAGUACAAAUUGCGGCAUAAAUAAAUCUGGAUUUGUCAUACACUCUGCCAUCCAUCAGAGUCGAAAAGAUGCCAAGUGCGUCAUCCACAUCCAUGAUCCAGCAACAGUAGCCGUUGCGUCAAUGAAACAAGGUCUUUUGCCUCUUUCAAUGGCGUCUGCUUUGCUUGGUCCAGUCUCAUACCAUGACUUUGAGGGGAUCUCUGUUAACCUUGAGGAGAGAGAGAGAUUAGCUGCUCAUUUUCCUGCACCAUCCAAGGUUUUGUUUCUGCGUAAUCAUGGAAUACUUUGUGUUGGGGAGACUGUUGAGGAAGCUUUCCUUCUUACGUUCUAUGCAACAAAGGCCUGCGACAUUCAGAUAAAAGCCAUGGCGGCCGGUGUUGAUAAUCUGGUUUUGCUUGACGAUGAUGUGCUCAAGCAAGUUUACGAAUGUGAAGAUUUGGACACUAAGAAGAGGGAAAAUAUUACACCAGGAAUGCAUGAAUUUGAAGCCUGGAUGAGGAUGCUUGAUGCACAGGGUUACCGAACAGGUUACGUGUACCGUCAACCUGACAUUUACAACAGGACGGUCCAGCAGCCGAAAUGCGAGGCGAGGUCUCCUGCAACGAUGACGUCAUACCGUUACGAGAUGCUGCACGGGGAUAACCAGACCACGCCGGCAUCGCGGCGCGCCAGGUCCCAGGGCAAGGGCAACACCUACAAGAACCGCGCCAAGUGGUUGAACUCCCCGGUAAAGGCCACGGAGUACAGAAAAGAAUUUAUCCACGAUAGCCACACUGAGCCUGCCAUCCUGAAGGACAGCAAGCCUGAGAAAGAAACAGUCGUGAAAAUCUUGGAGGAAUCCAAGGGGCCGGCGCUAAAGGAGAACUAUGUCCAGGAGACGAUCACGUCCAGCAAACCAGCGGAACAGGUGAUGAGCGAAAUACCUCUUGAGAGCAUUUUCAACGAGGAGCCAACAAACGAAGUGUUUAUCGAGAAAGGGUCGAAUGGUGGCGAGACGAAGGAAAUGAAGCUUUCUGAUGAUGGUGAUGCGACAAACGUGGUGACAUCCACGAGUACCAGGGUUGUGACCACCAGUCGUACUGUGGUGAAGAGUGAUGGUGGCGCUCCCGUCACGACCAUCGAGAAGAAGUUGAUUGUGAACGGCGAAGAGCAGCCCGUGGAUAGUAAUUUGCUCAGCCCACCUCCCGUCGAGGUUGAGGUUGAGGAGAAAGAAGAUGUCAGCGAAGAAGGAGACAAGGGUGAAGGUGACAAAGACGAGGGUGAAGGGUCCGGAGGCAAAGCACGACAGAAAGUGAAGAAGAAGAGAAGCUUUAAGAAAUCCUUCCAAGGAAUUAUGAAUAGAAAAAGCAAAUCCGAGAAAGACGAUGACGACAAGAAAUGAACUUAAUUGUAUUUUGCUGCAUAGCAAUUCUUGGCAAAUCUUGAACUCUAGAGAAGCGACUGACCAAUGCAAUACUUUUGUGAGGUGGCAUGUGUAACUGCCUUUAAUUGACCUGCAUGCCUGUGCGUUUAUUGGUUACCUCUGUGAUAUAGGGAAGUGCAUACUGUAUACGAACCGUUUUUCAAUUUGCUUACGAAAAACGAAUCCCGUAAGUUGGCAAACUGAUUUUACAGAUCGUGCGAUCUGUGUACAUGUAUCAUUAGUAUUUUUGGUAAAACUUCAGUUUGUUUAA